AGAUCUUUUUUCAAAGCGCAGAUCUUCCGCAUCUUUUCAAGCCGUCACAAAAACCUGUAGGAGUAUCCUUGCCUGACACCAUGGUAUCCUUGUCGUCGAUCGAAGUCGUCUUGCUAGUAUGCAGCAUCCUUGUUUCCGGGGCAAGCGCCUUUGUCGUUUCUCCCAAUCAGCAGCAGCAGCAGCCACCAACAUGCAAGAGCCGCCUGUUCCUGUGGUUCCCCGAUGAAGGCAUGGAAGUGGCUCGCAAGACGUUUGGUUGGUGGCUGAUGGGCGCAGCCGGAUCGGGAGGUGCCGCUCGAACGACCUUUCCGAACAUUUACCGCGAAUACAUGGAAUUGCAAGAACUCAAGGGCUCCAACGGUAGUAGUAAUAAUAACAAAGACGGUCCCACCCUUGGAAUUGGACAAGGCUUGGGAUUCCCCGAAGAUGUCUCCGUGGCGGAUGUGGAACAGAUUGUCAAUAAUCCACUGACGGUCGAAGAAAUCACCCAACAGUUUCCCGUGGAAAAUAAUUUCUUGGCGGCCAAGGGGUACUUGACAUACAGUGCCUUUUCCCUGGCCAACGCCGACGCCAAUCCCUUGGCGGUUCGAGCUGUCUUUGAUAGUUUUCGAAAACCCAAAUGCGUCGAACCUCACGUCGCACAACAACUGUUGAAUGAAUACAAACAAGAUCCCACCCAGAUUCGACAAAAUCUCAUUAUUAAACAGGCCACCUUGGUCAUGGCGGCAUCGUCGCUCUUGUUUUUGCUUGGAUUGGCCGAUCUCGCCACGGCAUCCGACUUUUAUCGAGGAUGGUUCCCCGAUUGGCCGGGUGGAACCGAUUUUCCACGCAUGUGUUCACACCCGAAGGAAGUAUCGCCACCAUUCCAGAUUACUUUCUGUGGGAUAUUCCACCGGGUCGACUAGUAUGUACGGUGUAUAAGCUAGAACCAUGGAUGGAUGGAUCAUACGGAGAUGAUCAGAGUUCUAUCCAGAACUUCGGUGGCUUCCUGCGUGGCACCGAUAGCAUGCGUCCAGCAACAUUGCUUGGAAGCGGAUCCUUACGGUAGAAUAACACAGUAGCAGCUAUAUAUUCUCCAUUAUUGCGUGUCC